GGCGGGCGCGGGUCUGCAUCCGGGUCGCCGCCGUGCCCAUUGUCUGGGGAAGGGGCCCGGGGCUCGGCGGCGCUGCACCCGAGGGCCCCUGCCCGCCCGCCGCCCUCCCGCGCAGCCUUUAUGGACCGCAGUUCGAAGAGAAGACAGGUGAAGCCUUUGGCAGCUUCGCUGCUGGAAGCUUUAGAUUAUGAUAGCUCUGAUGACAGUGAUUUUAAAGUUGGAGAUGCUUCAGAUUCUGAAGGAAGUGGUCAUGGGAGUGAAGAUGCAUCUAAGGACAGUGGUGAAGGUUCCUGCACUGAAUCAGAAGAAAAUAUCUUGGAGGAUGAGCCAGCGGAAGAGAAAGUAGAAGAGCAACAGCCAAAAACCUCCACUGAAGAGGGAGUGCCAACAGCAGAUAAAGAGGUAAUUAAAACUGAAAAGAAAGAGCAAGAAGAUGAAGAAGAAAAGCCAAAAAAGAAGAAAGAGAAAGUAGCUGAACCUGAUGCUGUGGCUGAUGAGCAAACAAAUGAACCAAAAAAAUGGAAUUUGCGCAGGAACCGACCUCUGCUGGAUUUUGUAUCGAUGGAAGAACUAAAUGAUAUGGAUGACUACGACAGUGAAGAUGACAAUGACUGGCGGCCUACUGCUGAGAAGAGAAAAGGAAAGAAUGCACUGAAAAAAGAGGGGAGCGAUGGAGAUAAUGAAGAUGAUGAAGAUGAUGGGAGUGGAAGUGAUGAGGAUGACAAUGAUGAGGAAGGUAAUGAAGAAGAUAAUAGCAGCACGGCUAGCGAUGGAGGAUCCAAGAAGAAGAAGAGUAAAGUUCUUAACAGGAAUAAUGCAGAUGAUGAGGAAUUGACAAAUGAUAGCCUGGCUCUUUCACAAAGCAAGAGUAAUGAGGACUCACUGAUCCUUGAGAAGUCUCAGAACUGGAGUUCCCAGAAAAUGGACCAUAUUUUGAUUUGUUGCGUUUGUCUUGGAGAUAACAGUGAAGAUGCUGAUGAAAUAAUCCAGUGUGACAACUGUGGAAUAACAGUGCAUGAAGGUUGCUAUGGUGUUGAUGGAGAGAGUGACUCUAUCAUGAGUUCAGCUUCAGAAAAUUCCACAGAGCCUUGGUUUUGUGAUGCAUGCAAAUGUGGUGUCACACCUAGCUGUGAGUUGUGUCCCAACCAGGAUGGGAUCUUCAAGGAGACUGAUGCAGGCAGGUGGGUCCACAUUGUUUGUGCCCUCUAUGUUCCAGGAGUGGCAUUUGGAGAUAUUGACAAGCUGCGGCCAGUAACACUAACUGAAAUGAAUUAUUCCAAGUACGGUGCAAAGGAGUGCAGCUUUUGUGAAGAUCCUCGUUUUGCCAGAACCGGUGUGUGCAUUAGUUGUGAUGCUGGGAUGUGCAGAGCUUAUUUCCAUGUGACCUGUGCUCAGAAGGAAGGCCUCCUCUCAGAAGCAGCAGCGGAAGAGGAUAUAGCUGACCCUUUUUUUGCUUAUUGUAAACAGCAUGCGGACAGGUUAGACAGAAAAUGGAAGCGGAAGAACUACUUGGCUUUACAAUCUUACUGUAAAAUGUCCUUGCAGGAAAGAGAAAAGCAGCUUUCACCAGAAGCUCAGGCUCGAAUCAAUGCCAGGCUCCAGCAGUAUCGUGCCAAGGCGGAGCUGGCGCGCACCACCAGGCCCCAGGCCUGGGUUCCCAGGGAGAAGCUGCCCCGGCCGCUCACGAGCAGCGCUUCAGCCAUACGGAAACUCAUGCGAAAAGCCGAGUUGAUGGGAAUUAGCACUGACAUUUUUCCAGUGGACACUUCAGAUACGAGUUCCAGUGUUGAUGGAAGAAGAAAACAUAAACAACCAGCUCUCACUGCUGACUUUGUGAAUUACUAUCUUGAGAGAAAUAUGCGCAUGAUUCAAAUCCAGGAGAAUAUGGCUGAACAGAAGACUAUCAAGGAUAAGUUAGAAAAUGAGCAAGAAAAGCUUCAUGUGGAGUAUAAUAAGCUGUGUGAGUCCUUGGAAGAGCUACAAAAUAUGAACGGAAAACUGCGAAAUGAAGGGCAAGGCAUUUGGGCUCUGCUGGGUAGAAUCAUUGGACAGAAAUUGAACAUACCAGCAAUUUUACGGGCUCCUAAGGAAAGGAAACCAAGUAAAAAGGAAGGAGGAGCACAAAAGGCAUCUACACUUCCUGCAGUACUUUAUAGUUGUGGAAUUUGCAAGAAGAACCAUGAUCAACACCUACUGCUACUGUGUGACACUUGCAAACUCCAUUAUCAUCUUGGUUGCUUGGAUCCACCUCUUACAAGGAUGCCAAGGAAGACCAAGAACAGUUACUGGCAAUGCUCAGAGUGUGACCAGGCAGGUAGCAGUGAUAUGGAGGCUGAUAUCGCCAUGGAAACCUUACCAGAUGGGACCAAAAGAUCAAGGAGGCAAAUUAAGGAACCAGUGAAAUUUGUUCCUCAGGAUGUGCCAACAGAACCGAAGAAAAUUCCAAUCAGAAAUACGAGAACUAGAGGACGAAAACGAAGCUUUGUGCCUGAAGAAGAAAAACCUGAGGAACGCAUUCCCAGAGAAAGAAGGCAACGACAGUCUGUGCUGCAAAAGAAGCCCAAGUCAGAGGAUUUAAGGACUGAGUGUGCUACCUGCAAAGGCACUGGAGACAAUGAAAAUCUAGUCAGGUGUGAUGAAUGCAGGCUUUGCUACCAUUUUGGCUGUCUAGACCCACCCCUGAAAAAGUCUCCUAAACAGACUGGCUAUGGAUGGAUUUGUCAGGAAUGUGACUCUACAUCCUCCAAAGAAGAUGAAAAUGAAGCUGAAGCAGAAAAUCCAUCUCAGGAGCUGAAUUUGGAACAGAAAAAAUCAAAAAAAUAG